CAGGAUCUCAUUGUCCUCUGACGCUCCAGUCAGGCCCAUGGCGCCCCGAACCCUCCUGCUGCUCUCAGGGACCCUGGCCCUGACCCAGACCUGGGAGGGCCCCACCGCGAACCCAGGACACGCGUCCUCCCCGCCCCCAGGCCCCCACAGCCUGACGCACUUCCACACCGCCGUGCACGGACCGGGCAGCGAGGGGUACCGGUACACCGUCGUCGGCUACGUGGACGACUCGGAGAUCUUGGGGUUCGACAGCAACACACCGAGGCCCAGGCUGCAGGCGCGGGUGCCUUGGAUGGAGCAGCCUUGGAAGGAGCAAGAGGAUACACGUUUUUGGGAGGAGCAGACGCGGAUAAUCAAGCUCAACCAACACACCUCCCGGGAGAACCUGAACAGGCUGCGCGCCCGACUACAACCAGAGCGAGGACGGGCCUCACACUUGGCAGGAAACGACCGGCUGCGUCGUGCGCUCGAAACGGGAGCUUCCUGCGACCUGCGCUCCUGGACCGCUGCCGCGGGGGUCAGCUGGAGCAACGUUGUGCGGGUCCCUGACGCGGACGUUCGGAGGGUCUUCCUGGAGGACACGUGCGUGCACCGGCUCCCGCCUGUUCCUGGAGAAGGGGAAGGGAGACCCUGCUCAGAGCAG